AUGGAUGAGACCACACCACUAGCUACAGAAGUGUCUCCGAACGUCCACGAGACGAUUCUUAUUGACCGGAAACUCUCACCUGCUCCCGAGGAAAAAGUCAAAGACGACACAUUGGAGGACAUCAUCGAAGAACAAAAUGCGGAACCUCCAAAAGUGCACACGAUGUCUCCAAUACAGACUUUUGGCAUAUUAAUCAAUUAUAUUGUCGGAACUGGUGUCUUUGGACUCCCAUUUGCCUUUGAAGGUGCUGGUGUUGCGCUGUCUGCUGGCACCACGUUGUUCUUCUAUGUGAUGUCAAUAAUAACAGCUCUUUGGGUCUUAGAGAAUAUGGCAAGAUCGUCCGGUGUGAUGGAGACGUAUCGGGAGUCGCGCAAUGCUCAGCGCCCCGACAAUGCCAUCCAUUAUGAAGUGUAUAAUUACACAAGGAUGUCGGCCAUAUUCUUUGGCAAAGGUGGGAAGAUCGCGACAAUCAUCAUCAUGGCCUUAUUUUGUUAUGGAGCGUUAUGGGCGUAUGGCUCUGUUUUCAGCUCAUCUGUGACAUUGAUCAUGUGGAAAUACCCACUCAAGAAAUUUGGAGAGUGUUCAACGACGAUGAGUGAGUGGGAGUUGUUUGGGACUUGCCAUUUGACUUAUCUUGGUGGGAUUGCCCUGUUUGGGUUGAUAGUCAUUCCGCUCUCUUUAAUGGGAGUCGCCGAACAAGCUAUUCUGCAAAACGUGUUGACCUUCUGGAGGUUCUUUUGUUUCUCGUUAAUGGCUCUGACGUGUUUAGUUCACAUAUUUGUGAACACGGCGCAUGGGACGUUUGAUAUUGUACCUCAAGGAAUGUCUCUGACGCAGUUCUUCAUCAACAUCGGCGGGUUCGGCACACUCUUUUCUUCGUGUUCUGUUGCUCUUGCGUGUCACCAGAAUCUUCCCGACGUGGUCACACCGACUAAGCCAAAGACUUAUUUGCGGACUGUUGUCAUUUCUGGUAUUACCACAGCGACUAUACUCUACGUCAUCAUUGGGUUCUCAUGUUCAUUCACAUUUGGGACUAACACUAAAACGCCUGUGACACACAAUUGGUUGAAUUACAGUGGAUGCGGUGGUGGCUUUGGGGUGUGUUCUGAUGGUUCUGAAGCCAAGUGGUAUGGUAUAGUAGUUCAAUGGAUAGUCUUACUCUCUCCGCCAAUCAAUUUGACCUCAGAAUAUCCCCUUGUGUGCGUCACAUUAGCUUCCAAUUUACUUCAAAUGAUACCAAAGAAGUGGAAAGUGAAACAUCCAAAGGUAUGGUUAUAUUCUGCUAGAAUAGCAGCAUCUACUCCGCCUUUAAUAGCUGCAGCUAUUAAAGGCGAUUUGGAAGUCAUUUUUAACUUCACUGGGAUCUUCGGAUUCUUCUUGUUAUUUAUUAUACCCGCAGUGUUACAAAUCUACUCGAAGUUCAUCAUCAGAAGAAAGUGGGGAAGUAAGACUUAUACGACGGAAUUCUCUGGUAAGUACUCGUCAAGUUAUGUCGCGUGGCCAAUCCUGAUCGUCUCAAUCAUUUGCUUCUCUUUUGCACUUGUCCAGUUCGCUGAUGAGACGUUUGGACUCGACUGGUUUUAA